CCUAUAAUUCCUAGUAUAUACCUUCAUCUUUCACAAAAAAUAUGCCCAUCAGAGGCGCCGAUGUUCAUUCCCUCCCCAGAAAUCCAGUGAAGUUUCUAUGCAGUCAUGGCGGUAAGAUCCUCCCUCGCCCCGCCGACGGCCAUCUCAAGUACGUUGGCGGUGAAACUCGCGUCAUCUGCGUUCCCCGCGACAUUUCCAUCACCGAACUUAUGAAGAAGCUUAGUAGCAUGUUCGAUGGUGAAAUGAUCCUCAAGUACCAGUUAAUGCCGGAGGAUCUUGAUAUCUUGGUUACAGUAAGAUCUGAUGAAGAUCUUCGUCACAUGAUUGAAGAAUGUGAUCGCCAUGAACUCCUGGGAGCACCAAGACUUCGGGCCUUCCUUUUCUCAGCGAAUCCGAUUGUUAUGGAGAACCAAAUGGGACCAAUGGACCACCAGUCCCUUGAGCAAAGAUACAUAAAUUCUGUCAAUGGCAUUGCUGUCCAUCCAUCCCCAAUGUAUAACACCUUCAGACCAUUCCCAAUUAACACUAGCUACACAACCUUCAGCAUUUCCUCGGCCUGCUCCUCCCCAAGAACACCACCUGAGACCGCCAGCACGGCCACCAACUCCACCACUGCCACUAGCAGCAUAAACCAUGAUUUCACCACUUCACAUGGUAAACUUGGUUCACUAUCCAGAACCCAUAGCUCCCCUAGUUUAUGUAAUCUUCAUUGCAAUUCCCCAAGCAACCAUCAAAUUACAAGUCCAAACUGGAACCAAAGCCAGCAGCAGAACCCUGCAAAUCACCACCACCACCACCAACAGCAGCCACAACCCCAUCAUUACCAUCCUCAACCAAACCACUCUCCCAAACCUCCGCUAGAUCGGCACCCUCACAAGAGUAGUGGUCCUGAGCAUGUAGGGAAAACAAGGUCAACGGGCGUUGGUGAUUACUACAGAACAAAUAGAGGGGGAGGGGGGCAUAUGUCUUAUCACAGAGGCUCAGCUUAUGAGGAUUACUAUGGGAAUUAUAGGUAUGAUCGAAAUGAGAGUCCUCCAGGAAGUCCGUUAGUAAGAAGCCCUAACGGUGUAUCACCAAGCCCUAGCGUUAGGUCGGGACGUUCAUGAAUCUAGGAUAAAGUGUUGUUCAUAUAUGAAUGAUGGUUAGAUAUAUAAGGCUUCAGUCUAUCUUGGCUACAAAUGCAAGUAAAGAGAAGUAUGGUGGCAUAGUUGUAAAGCUUGAUACAAGUAUAUAUAUGUAUGAGAACAUAUGUGUUUGGAAGUCAUGGUUCUUAUUUAAGUAUAUAUAUAAGAACA